UUAGGUAGAUCUAUAAAACCUCUUAAACCUAUGCUCUAAUAAAAAGAUAUUGCAAUGUAUGCACAUUUUAUACGGUUUUAUGCAAUAUCCGCUUUCAAAAGCUGAGCUUUGUAUGCUGGGAAUUUUACAGGGAAACAAAGUUAACCAGAGACAAAUGCUUGUAAACGCACCUGCUGCAAAAGAUGACGGCCGUUGAUUAGCUGCUGGUAGUUUGCUUUAGCUUUUUGUGUUUGGCAUUCACGCUAUAGUGUGACAGUUUCCUUUCUCUUGCAAGCGACCAGCGUGACAGUGAUGCGUUUCAUGAAAUCUUUUGUUUUGUCUCCCAAACCCAGUUGAGACGUUUGUGUUACACACAUUUACGUGAACUUGGACCGAAAGAGUCCGUAAAGCUGAUGAGUUCCCGGCCUACUGUUCGAAUCGCAGACAAUGAAGCGUUUAUACUGAUGCUAGGAGAAAUAACCUUACAAUGUUUCGUAGUAUUUGUUUGGUGCGUUGGUGUGUGCUCAUAGUUUGAGUAUAAGAAUUGCAAACUUUUAAAGUGUAUAGUUUAGUAGACCGAAAGCAACGAUUGGCAUCGGAUCACUUUCGGGAUAUUUCAGCCACAACGACAAGUUAAAAAGGCAGCAUUAGUUGUACAACAGAGGCGAAAGAAAUCCGUUGGAGCCAAAGCCUCUAUAAACUAUUCAAACAAUUGGUUGUACACUGUGCUCUGUGAUUCGUAUUUAAGUGUACACCAAAAAUUGUAUUUAUUACGAACGUAACAUACAUAGAGUAACAGAUCGUCAUACUGGAUUGAAACUAUCGACGACACGCUCAUGUUUUGUUCUAAAGAAGUGAAAAAGGUUUAAGAACACGUGUCUACUAAUAUACUGCAAGUAUGCUACAAUCAUUACUUCGGCUACUGACGAUAUUUGCGGUAAUCCUUACGGUGACCGCCCAGGAGCGAUGGUCAUGGUCAGGAGGGGGAAAUAACGACAAUAGCAAUAAUGCCAAAAACGAUGCUGAUCGAUACAACGUGCGUAGCGAUAUGUUGGAAUUCCAAGGCACUGGGUCACAAGCAGCAGCAUCAAAUGAAAAACGGAAUACUUUGGCAGUUAGAAAAGGCCGAUACGAGGUAAAAGAAACAACUACGAAAAGGCCAUCAUUCUCAAGGCCACAAAAUGAUGAGUUUUCUGGCGAAUUUGGAGAUGGAAAUCAAUCUAAUGAUUUUGGAUUCAAUCAAAAGUUCGGUGGGGGAGGACUUAUUAACGGACAAUUUGGGCCGAACCCGUACGGAAUUAACCUUGGCCAACAGGGUGGUGUAGGAGGAUUCCCGUUCCAGGGUGGUAAUGCAUUAGGAGGAGCAGGAUUUUACCCGGGUCAACCACACUUAGGCGGAGGGUAUGGCGGUUUGGGACACGGUUCCAGUGGUAAUGGAAUUCUCGUGGGCCCUGGAGGCCCGACCGGCAUUAUAGGCCGUCCGUAUAACCGGUUUCCGUACGGCGGUGCCGGAUACUAUCCUGGAGGGAACGGAUAUCCCUAUGGAGGAGGAUUCGGAAAUCCGACGUUCAAUGGACAUCCGGGUGGAUUCUUCUCGCCCGGUGGCUAUCCCUCGGGAGGCUAUUUUCCUCAGCCAUUCGGUGUAGGUGGAAUAGGGCCGAGACCGUUCGGUUCAUUCCCAGGUGGAUCUCAAUUCGGUCCACAGUUUGACCAAACCCGCCAAGCCAGUAAGAAGGUGGAAAAGAAAUCAGUCUAACAGAACAACUUGAAGCAUCACUUCAGCUCCACUGAGAUUGUAAGAUAAAAGUUGACUGAUGCAGCUCGUUACAACACUCUUUCAGUGUUUGUAGUUUUUGGUUGUCACCAUGCUAAAAUAGCUUUGUU